AUGGAGAAGCUCAUCUUCUUAUUGAUUCUUCUCUUUCUAAUUCAAUUUUCUAUAUCAAUUGCUUCCUCAAAUGAGACAGACCAACAAGCUCUAUUAGCUUUCCAAAAUCUUAUUACAACUCCCAAUCAUUUUUUGGCCAAUAAUUGGACCAAAAAUACUUCUUUUUGCUCUUGGUUUGGUGUCACUUGCACUCCAAAAAGGCAAAGGGUUGUGGCCUUGGCUCUUCCUAAUUUGCAACUUCAAGGCACAAUCUCGACGUCUUUGGCCAAUUUGUCCUUCCUCAGUGUUCUCAAUCUCGAGAACAACAACUUCCGCGGUGGCAUCCCUUACGAACUUGGCCACUUGCCUCGCUUGCGAGUGAUUGAUAUUCAAAACAAUCAGCUCAACGGAAGUAUACCAACAAGUCUAUUUCAACACCAGAGAGUUCAAGUAAUUUCAUUGGCUUUCAAUGAACUCGGUGGUGAAAUGUGGAAAGGGCCAUGGUAUGUACCCGAACUCAGAGUCUUGGAUCUCACCAACAAUAACCUCACGGGUAUGAUCCCUCCUUAUGUUGGGAAUGCCACAAAAUUGAUGAACUUCGAUUUGUUUGGGAAUAGAGUCAGCGGCAACAUUCCAAAGGAGAUCGGUAAUCUUAGUCAACUUACAGUGUUGGUCUUGCGCGACAAUCAAUUAACUGGUCAUAUUCCUGCAACAUUGUUUAAUAUCUCAUCGCUAGUUUAUUUAUCUCUGGCAAACAAUAGCCUUUCUGGCCCUCUCUUGCUUCAUGAAGGGACUAUUGCGUCAAAUCUAGUGUUAUUAGGUAUAUCUGACAACCAAAUUUCUGGUUGUGUUCCUUCCAACAUAUGCCAACUCACAGAGCUCAAAGCUUUGUCCAUAUCUUUCAACAACAUAACUGGAGACAUACCCAGAAAUAUUGGUUGUUUAUCCAAACUCGAGAUGUUCUUAAUUGGUGAUAAUUUAAUAAAAGGGACUAUUCCCACUUCAUUGGGCAAUAUUUCCACUCUGCAAUAUCUUUAUUGUUCAAACAAUCGCAUAGUGGGGCAAAUUCCUCCGGAAUUAGGGAAGCUAUCAAAUUUGAGGCAAUUAACGUUUGACAAUAAUUCUAAUCUUAUUGGUCAAAUUCCAGAGGCUAUUUUCAAUGUAUCUUCUUUGGAAAUAAUUGCUUUCAGUUCCAAUAAUCUCUCGGGGAGAAUUCCAACCACUGCAGGUGUUCAUCUUCCAAACAUUAAGGAGCUUAUCUUGACAUACAAUCAGCUGGAAGGGGAAAUUCCAUUGUUCAUAACAAAUGCUUCCAAGCUUGUGACACUGGAGCUAGCCAAUAAUUUACUCACAGGCGCUAUUCCUACUAAUUUGGGGAAUCUUCGUGAGUUGCAAGAACUGUUCCUACAUACUAAUCAACUUACCAAUGAACCAAAAGAGCACGAGUUGUUAUUCUUCAAUUCUUUGGCGGACUGUAGGAUGUUGCGAUAUCUAUCAGUGGGUUCCAAUCCGUUGAAUGGCGUUCUGCCCAAUUCUAUUGGGAAUCUUUCAUCUACUAUUGAAUACUUUGGAAUAAAACAUGCACACAUCAACGGUCUCAUCCCCACAGGUAUAGGCAACAUGACCGGCCUUAUUACCCUAAUCUUUGAAGACAACAACUUGACAGGAAAUAUUUCUCCUCAGAUUGGUAAGCUUAAACUACUCCAAGGGCUGUAUCUAACUAACAAUAAAUUGCAGGGACAUAUUCCAGAGGCGGUAUGUCAUUUGUCUAAUUUGGUUCAAUUAUUUCUGGAUGGUAAUGUGCUCUCUGGAUUAAUUCCAGAAUGCUUAGGAAAUCUUAGCAUGCUACAACAUCUUUAUUUGGAUUCUAAUAAAUUUUCAUCAAAAUUUCCGUUGAGCCUUUGGAAAAUGAGUGGUCUUCUCUUUCUAAGUGUGUCGCGAAAUUCUAUAGAGGGAAAAAUUCCAUCAGAUAUUGGAGGACUGAAAGUCAUUGUAGAACUACAUCUUUCCGGUAACCACUUUUCAGGCAUGAUACCAAGCCAAAUGGGGGACCUCCAAAACUUGAAGUCUCUUGACUUGUCGAACAAUUCGUUUUCAGGCUCAAUUCCAUUAUCGUUUGCCAACUUAAUAAGCUUGGAAUUCUUGAAUUUGUCAUUAAAUGUGUUGUCAGGUACUAUUCCUAAGUCUUUGGAAAAACUCUCCUACCUUAAAAGCAUUAAUGUUUCAUUUAACGAUUUCAAAGGUGAAAUACCGAGUGGUGGUGUGUUUGUAAAUUCCACUCCGCAAUCAUUUCUCGGGAAUAAAGGUCUUUGCGGAAUGUACAUAUUGGAGAUUCCUGCUUGUGCUAUCACUAGUCCUAGAAAACAAUCAAAGCUUAAGGAGGUUGUGCUAAAAAUUGUUACUCCAGUGGUUAUCUCAUCCUUAUUGAUACUCUUGUUCGUUUCAAUUUGGAUAAUGAAACGACAGAAGAAAGGAAAGUCUAAAGAUGUGGAAAAGGUACCGGAGAUCAGAACUCAUCAACUAGUUUCUUAUCACGAGAUUCAACGAGCAACAAAUAAUUUUGAUGAAUCCAAUUUAAUUGGUGUGGGAGGUUCUGGCUCUGUGUACAAAGGCACAUUAUCUGGUGGAAGUGUAGUGGCAAUAAAGGUUCUGGAUUUGGAAAUUGAGCAAGUAUGCAAAAGGUUUGAUACUGAAUGCCAAGUGAUGAGAAAUGUCAGGCAUAGAAAUCUUGUCCCGGUAGUUACUACUUGUUCUAGUGACUAUAUAAGAGCCUUUGUUCUGCAAUAUAUGCCCAACGGGAGUCUUGAGAAUUGGUUGUACAGAGAAGAUUGCCACUUGAACCUUCUUCAAAGAAUCACUGUAAUGCUUGAUGCAGCUAUGGCAAUUGAAUAUCUACAUCAUGGUCAUGUCACUCCAAUAGUUCAUUGCGACUUAAAGCCAGCCAACAUUCUUUUGGAUGAAGAUAUGGUGGCUCAUGUUGGUGAUUUUGGAAUCUCUAAAAUUUUAGCCAUAAGCAAGUCCAUGGCUUAUACAGAGACAUUGGGCACUCUUGGAUACAUUGCACCAGAAUAUGGCUCGGAGGGAAUAGUGUCUGCUAGUGGUGAUGUUUAUAGCUACGGCAUCAUGUUGAUGGAGGUUUUGACGAAAAGAAGGCCAACAGAUGAAGAGAUAUGCAAUGAAAAUCUUGACUUGAGGAAAUGGAUAACACAAUCAUUUUCAGGGAGUAUGAUGGACGUUGUGGAUGCCAAUAUUUUUUCCGAGGAAGAACAGAUCACUUCCAAAAGUGAAAUCUGCAUUGCGUCCAUGAUAGAAUUGGCUUUAGACUGCACAAAGGAAAUGGCAGAAUCAAGAAUAACCAUGAAAGAAGUAGUCAAAAGGCUUAACAAAAUCAACAACACAUUUCUGGAAACAUAGAAAUCUCUUCUGGUGGUGUUCU